AUGAAAUCCAAGUACACAGAUCAAUCAUUCAAUAUGCAAUCAGAUAAAUCUAUUACUGUUAAUGAUGAUCCUAAUUAUAAUAAUAAUAAUAACAUACAAACAAUGUCGAAAUCAUCACUUAAAAAUAAAUCACAUUCACCAGUGUCACCAUCAACAAAUUUCUUAUAUAACAUAACAAAUCCCUCUGAACGUAGUUUUAAAUUAACCAAUCAAGUUGGUGGAUUAGGUUUAGUAUCAUCAAUACAAAAUCGUAUUAGUCUUGAUACAUUAUCACAUACAACCAAUACUCCAUUGAAUAUGAUAAAGCAUAAUUCACCAGUUUUGACGAAUUCAUUAAUCUCUUCAAUGGAUGAUAUGAAACGUUAUAAAAAUAAUCAACCAAUAACUGAAUGGCCAUUAUCAUUAGCAUCGGAAGAAUAUAGUAAAAUUAAUAUGCGUAUUAUGGGUCAACCAAUUGAUCCAAGUGUUGUAAAUCAUUUACAUCCAGAUGUAUCACCACAUAAAACAAAAAAAUUACGUAAAAUUUUAUCUGGUAAUUUAGAUAAAGAAUGGACAUCUGAAACACCACCAAGAAUAUUAAGACAACGUGGUAUAUCUGGUUCAUUAAAUACAAAUAAUCAAGAAAGUUAUACAUCAAUUGAUGCUAAAUUAUUAAAAGAGAUAAGAGAAUUAAAUUUUACAUUUCGUAAUUCAUAUGGUGUAUAUUUUACAUUAACUGAUGAACAAAUUCAACCAUAUCGUUAUUGGUUAAUUGAACGAGCUACAUGUGAAAUGGAUUUUAUAUGGGAAGAUUUAGGUCCAUUAUUUUGGCCACGUUGGAUACGUAGAGGUGUAUGUUUAAAUCGUCCUGGACAUUCAUGUUCAUGGCCAUCUGGUAUGAAAUGUCGACCAUCUGGUUCACGUGCAUUACAAUUAUUACAUUGGAAAUGUGAAGAUGCUGCACAAGUACAAACUAGAGAACAUGCUGCUGAUCAACGUAUACGUCGUCGUGUAUCAAUGAAUACAUUUCAUUCAGGUUUUUAUGAAAUGGAACCUGUUACAGAUAUUAUUAAAUCAAAACAUAAACGUGAUACUUAUGCACGUUUAAGUUUAAAAGAUAAUUCAAUACAACAUAUUAAUUCAUAUCGUAAAUUACAAGCACGUAAUCUUGGUAAUUCACAUUAUGAUACUAAAACAUCAUGGACAAAUAUAAAAUCAUCUGAACCAUCAACAUCAACAUUAUCAUCAACAAUAUCAUCCUCUUCAUCAUCAUCUUUACAUUUAGAUACAAAUUCAAAAGAUGAAAGACGUCGACGUCGUGCUAGACGUUUAAUUAAACGUCUUAGUGUAACAGCUAAUGGAUAUCAUUGUUAUUGGCAAGUACAAAAAUAUUUAAUUAGUGAUCGUUGUUCUUGUUCAUGUUCAUAA